GUGUAGUGUAGCGGGUGCUAUAUAUGCCACAACAGGAGGAUCCCGACCAGCACCAUAAUAUCUUUCGGUCUUAUUAUACCAUCAGUCAGAAGGUUUGUAACCUGAUCGUGGAUAGUGGGAGCUGCGAGAAUUUCGUUGCAAAAAGGCUGGUGGAGCACCUGAAUUUGCCAACUACAAAGCAUCUAUCUCGUUAUACUAUUGGCCGGAUAAAAAAGGGACCAACAGUAAAGGUAACUGAAAUGUGUCAAGUUCCUAUUUCUAUUGGCAAAAAUUAUCAUGAUAAGGUAUUCUGUGAUGUUGUUGAUAUGGAUGCUAGCCAUGUGUUGCUAGGUAGGCCAUGGCAGUAUGAUGUUGAUAUCAUUUAUAGGGGAUGGGACAAUAUUUAUUUGUUUACCUGGGGGCUACAUAAAAUCGCCAUGGUUCCUUUGAAAGAGCAAUUUGUAACUAACAGACCUUCAAAAGUGGAAAGGGAAGCCCUUUUUACUGUGGCAAAGUCUGAAACUAAUUUCAUGACAGAUGCCAAGGACGCACGGAAGGUUUAUGCUUUGGUAGUUAAAGCUCUUGUGGUAGAUGAGAAUGAAGCACUGCCAAUAACAAUUCCGAACAGAGUUCGACGACUAUUGGAAAAUUUUAAGGAGCUGACUUCUGAUGACCUGCCAAACACUCUACCACCAAUGAGGAACAUUCAGCACCACAUAGAUCUGGUUCCUGGAGCGAGUUUGCCUAACCUACCCCACUACCGAAUGAGCCCGAAGGAGGAUAAGAUUUUGCAAGAAAAGGUGGAAGACUUACUACAAAAAGGUUUUAUACGUGAGAGCAUGAGCCCAUGUGCACUUUCUGCCCUACUAACACCAAAGAAAGAUGGUAGUUGGCGUAUGUGCGUCGACAACCGAGCUAUAAACAAGAUUACUAUUAAGAACGUACCGAUUCUCUAUUCCCCGCUUAGACGACAUGUUGGACAUGUUGGAGGGCUCAAAGUUAUUCUCUAAAAUUGAUCUACAGAGUGGUUACCACCAAAUUUGAAUCAGGCCUGGGGACGAGUGGAAAACGGCAUUCAAAACUAGGGAUGGCCUGUAUGAGUGGCUAGUUAUGCCAUUUGGCCUAUCCAAUGCGCUAAGCACCUUCAUGCGGCUUAUGAACUAGGUAUUUAAGCAUUUUUUUAGAAAUGUUGUCGUUGUCUACUUCAACAAUAUUCUAAUUUAUAGCAGGACUGAAGAGGAGCACGUUGAACAUC